AUGGCACUCAGGGUAAAGGCAGAUGUGUGGCUGGCAAGACCCUGGCAGUGCCUGCGCGGGACAAGGGCACUGGGCACCACAGCAACCCUGGCCCCCAACACACUGCAGCCCUUUGAAGCCAUCCCACAGUACUCCAGAAACAGGUGGCUGAAGAUGAUGCAGAUCCUGAGGGAGCAGGGCCAAGAGAACCUGCACCUGGAGAUGCAUCAGGCCUUCCAGGAGCUGGGGCCCAUUUUCAGGUACAGCAUAGGAAGAACACAGGUUGUGUCUGUGAUGCUCCCGGAGGACGCUGAGAAGGUUUUUCAGGCAGACAAUACACAGCCCUGCCGCAUGGUCUUGGAACCCUGGGCGGCCCACAGAGAACACCGUGGCCUGAGACGUGGCUUGUUCUUGCUAAAUGGGCCUGAAUGGCGCUUCAACCGAUUGAGGCUGAACCCAAAUAUGCUGUCACUAAAGGCUGUUCAAAAGUUUGUCCCCAUGGUGGACAUGGCAGCAAGGGACUUCUUGGAGGUUCUGAAGAAGAAGAUGCUGAUGAAUGCCCAUGGAAGCUUCUCCAUGGACUUUUAUUCCAGUGUGUUCAACUAUACCACAGAAGCCAGUCACUUUGUUAUUUUUGGAGAGCGACUGGGCCUCCUUGGCCAUGACCCGAACUCUGGCAGCCUGAAGUUCAUCCACGCCUUGCAUUCCAUGUUCAAGACCACCACACAGCUCAUGUUUUUACCCAGUGGCCUGACUCGCUGGACAAGCAGCCGGGUGUGGAAAGAGAACUUUGAGUCCUGGGAUUUCAUCACUGAGCAUGUCACGAAAUAUGUCAAGAAUAUUUAUCAAGAGUCGGCAAAGGGUCGCCCACAGUCUUGGAGUGUCGUAUCAGAGCUGAUAGCAGAGGGUGCUCUGCCAAUGGAUGCCAUCCUGGGCAAUUCUCUGGAACUCAUCGCUGGAAGUGUGGACACGACAGCCUUCCCCUUGGCAAUGACUCUCUUUGAGCUGGCACGGAACCCAGAUGUUCAGCAGGCCAUUCGGCAGGAGAGCCUGGCAGCUGAGGCCAGCAUUGCUGCAGAUCCUCAGAGAGCUUUGACAGACCUGCCCCUCUUGCGGGCUGCCCUUAAGGAGACCUUGAGGCUCUAUCCUGUUGCUGCCUCUUUGGAGAGAAUUCUAAGCUCGGACCUAGUGCUUCAUAAUUUCCAUGUCCCUGCUGGGACAUUGGUCCUACUCUACCUCUACUCCCUGGGCCGAAACCCUUCAGUAUUUCCGAGGCCCGAGCGCUACAUGCCCCAGCGCUGGCUGGGGAGGAAAAGGAGUUUCCAGCACUUGUCUUUUGGCUUUGGGGUGCGCCAGUGUCUGGGGAAGCGCCUGGCACAGGUGGAGAUGCUGCUCCUUCUGCACCACGUGCUGAAAUUCUUCAAGGUGGAGACAAAAGAGCAAUCAGAUGUGCAGAUAGUCUACCACUUUGUUUUGGUGCCCAGCCCCAGCCCCCUCCUCACUUUCAGGCCUGCCAGCUAG